AUGGCCAAGCUUUCGAGGUACAAUAUCUUUAUCAGUAUCGUGGCGGCCAUUGGAGCCUAUAGCUAUGGCUUUGGGUCGAGUGUUUUUGCUACCAGUAUUGGCCAGCCCGGGUUCUUUAAUUAUUUCAAACUCGAAGGUAUUAAUUAUUCAGCUCCAUCUAUUGACUCUGCCAUUCUAGGGGCACUUAAUGCACUCUUCUAUUUUGGCCUGGCCACGGGCUCGUUAAUUCAAGCUUGGGCAGUAGAUAUAAUAGGAAGAAAGCUAUCAUUUGCCAUAUCUGCUUUAGUGUCAUUGAUUGGCAGUGCUCUGGUUACAGGCUCUGUAGCCGUCCCUAUGAUUAUCGUGGUCCGGAUGCUUCAAGGAGUGGGCCUGGGAAUGCUACUAUUCUUAGUUCCAUUAUACAUCACAGAGAUUGCACCUCCCCAGCACCGUGGUUUGCUCACUGGUCUUACCACAGUUUUCUUCUCGUUAGGAUAUAGUGUCUGCGCAUUUAUAUCAGUGGGCACGUAUUUUGCACAAAGUCCCACAGUACAGUGGAGGCUCCCCCUGGGUUUGUCGUGCCUUGGGCCAUUAGUUCUCUUACUUGCGACACCUUACCUAGUCGAAUCACCCCGGUACCUCGCGUUGGUAGGAAGAAAUAACGAGGCAUUGGCGGUGCUUAAGAAGAUCCACCACGAUCCAACUGACAAUGACAAUACUUUUGCUGAAGCUGAGUAUAUUCAGAUUGUCCGACAGAUCGAGUUCGAUAAGGGACUGGAUACUGGCAUUUUGAGUAUGGUGAAAAAGCCUUCAUGGCGCCGCAGGUGUCUAUUAGCAUUUUUCAUCCAGUUUUCCUCACAAUCCACUGGAGUUUUGCUUCUAGUAAAUUACAUCACGAUUAUCUUUAGUAACCUUGGAAUGACGGGAGUAAUGCCUCUCUUAUUGUAUGCCAUCAUGACUGUGACAAAUCAGGUUGCACUCUUCAUUGGUAUGUUUACAGUGGACAAAAUCGGACGCAGGACCCUGUUCCUCAUCGGUUUCCCGUUACUAGCUGUCUGUCUGCUUGUGGAAGGUAUUCUGCAGUGGAAAUACCUCGACUCCACCAACAAAAGCGGACUUUAUGCUUGUGUGGUCUUCAUCUACCUCUUCUUUUUUAUUUUCUGCCUUUGCAUCGAUGUCACCUCAUUUAUCUGGGUGUCAGAGAUCUUUCCCACCGCCAUCCGAUCAAAAGGCGUCAGCAUUGGUUUUUUCGCGUAUUUCACUGGUGCCCUAACGUAUACAACUCCAGGAGCGCUGAUCAUCAAAAACCUUCAAUAUAACAUGUUUUACUUGUACGCAGGAUUAUGCGUCGUUUCAACCGCAGUCGUGUAUUUCUUUGUGCCCGAGACCAAAAAAAUACCCGUUGAGGAAAUUGGUGCGCUCUUCGGGGACGUGGUGGUUGUUCACUUGACUGCCGAUGGACAAGGCAUCGUCGAGGAGGAGAAAGGCGUUGUUCUCACUCAUGCCGAGUUUGCUGACAAGAAUGAGAGCUAGACUUCAUGGUUAUCUCGAUUCCGAGAAUAGAUACACGGAGGAUGGGCGAGAUUUUUCACUCUGUUCUCUCAUUCAAUGGACAUGGAUGCUAGCUAUCACAACUUAGAAUCAUUUUGCACAUGUUGUACUUGUUCAAUCCAAGUCUAUGCAGAUAGUAUGUACUGUAAUAGGUGAUAAAGCUUGACAGCUUCUUUGCUGUCAAAUAUAAGCUGUG